CAUAAGAAAAUGGCAAAACAAAAUCAUUCCAUGGUGACUGAAUUUAUCCUCACUGGAUUAACAGAGAACCCAGAGCUCCAGCUGCCCCUCUUCCUCCUCGUCCUGGGAAUCUACGUGUUCACAGUGGUGGGGAACCUGGGCAUGAUCACCCUGAUUGGGCUCAGUUCUCCCCUGCACACCCCCAUGUACCAUCUCCUCAGCAGUCUGUCCUUCAUUGACCUGUCCUGCUCCACGGUCAUUACCCCCAAAAUGUUGGUCAGCUUUGUGACAGAAAAGAAUGUCAUCUCCUACCCUGAAUGCAUGACUCAACUCUACCUCUUUGUGUUUUUUACUAUCUCAGAGUGUCACAUGUUGGCUGCAAUGGCGUAUGACCGCUAUGUGGCCAUCUGCAGCCCCUUACUUUACAAUGUCACCAUGUCUCCUCAAGUCUGCUGCUGGAUGGUAGCUGCGGUGUACAGUGUGGGUUUGGUUGGUGCCAUGGCUCACACAGUCUGCAUGCUGAGGGUGGAUUUUUGCAGUGCUUAUGUAAUAAACCAUUACUUUUGUGAUCUCGUUCCACUACUACAGCUCUCCUGCUCCAGUACAUUUGUUAAUGAGGUAGUGCUUCUGUGCUUAAGUGCUUUUAAUUUUUUCCUCCCAACACUAACUAUACUUUCCUCCUACAUCUCCAUCAUAGCCAGCAUCCUCCACAUUCGCUCCACCUCUGGCAGGUCCAAAGCCUUCAGCACUUGUAGUUCCCACAUCUCAGCAGUAGGUAUCUUCUUUGGUUCUCUUGCAUUUAUGUACCUGCAGCCUGCAUCAGUCAAUUCCAUGCACCAGAGUAAAAUGUCAUCUGUGUUUUACACUAUUAUCGUCCCCAUGCUCAACCCCCUGAUAUACAGUUUGAGGAAUAGGGAUGUAAAAUUUGCCUUAAAAAUGUUCUUUGACAACAAAAGUAUACAGCUGAAUUAG